UUCUGUUUGGUGGUGUCUGAUGGUGCUGGUAGUCAUUCUGUUUGGUGGUGUCUGAUGGUGCUGUUAGUCAUUCUGUUUGGUGGUGUCUGAUGGUGCUGGUAGUCAUUCUGUUUGGUGGUGUCUGAUGGUGCUGGUAGUCAUUCUGUUUGGUAGUGUCUGAUGGUGCUGGUAGUCAUUCUGUUUGGUGGUGUCUGAUGGGGCUGAUAGUCAUUCUGUUUGGUGGUGUCUGAUAGUGCUGGUAGUCAUUCUGUUUGAUGGUGUCUGAUGGUGCUGAUAGUCAUUCUGUUUGGUGGUGUAUGAUGGUGCUGAUAGUCAUUCUGUUUGGUGGUGUCUGAAGGUGCUGGUUGUCAUUCUGUUUGGUAAUUCUAUGUGUUACUCACCUUCUCUCUUCUCCCUCCAGCUGUCUGGAUCACUGAAGAGGAGGCUGACUGCGACCGAGGGGGCCUACCAGGGAGGUUUGCGGCAGGGCCAAGGGCCCGGUAACGGCCCCGGUCUGGGCCCUGGUUCAGGUCUGGGUCUGAACGGUACCUCCUACGGUACCUCCAUGACCCAGGGUCCUGGGGUGCCCGCCAAGCGACUCUGCCUGGAGGAUGUGACCCUCGCCAUGGGUAGCAGCUUCCAGCAGAGUCCUUACUCUGGAGGACAGAGUUCUGGAGGUCAUGGAGGUCCUGGAAGUCAGGGGUCACUGGAAGGUAACAGGCUGGGGAAUGGUAACUCCGGGCUGGGGUCGCCUUACUCAAUGCCCCCUAAGGCGAGUCCAGGGUCUGCGGGUGUUGGUGGAGGACAUUUUCACCCCAAUGGAAGCUCCUCGUCGGCCCCAUCGGUUGAGCAGGAGCUGCAAGAUAUUCUGGAUGAACUGACUAAGAACCCGGAUCCGUCGUUGACGGAGUUGGAUCUUGACAAGAUAUUGGGGAAUAAAGAGGAGCAGAAUCAGAAUCAAGGGCAUGGGCCGGGGUAUAUCCACCCACACUCGCCCAAACGCUCCCCCCAGAGACCCACCUCUCACCUGGAGAGCCACCUCACCCGUUCCCCAGGCUUUCCCCAGGCCGGGUCUCCCCAAAUAGGCCCGAGUCCGGCUGGAGCUCCCUACUCCAUCCCCCACCCCUCCAAACCAGUCCCCUCACCCCUAUCGGCCUCUCCUCAUCACUCCUCUUCGUCGCAGAAUCAAGCUCGUUCUCCAAUGCUCUCAGCCGCCCUUUCGUCUCGACCCGGUUCCACGUGGCACGAAGUAUCGCGAGCCCAACAGCUCCAGCAAAUGGCGUCCAACUCCAACAAACACCUUUCCUCUAACACCCCUAUCCAGCAGAACCAGUCCCAGAACCAGACCCAGGCCUCUAUCCCUCCUCUAUCCCAGCAAGGCUCACCCUGGGGCGGCCAGAAACUGCCCAACCUCCCCAACUCCUCCCCGCUCCACCAGCAACCAUUCAGCCCGGCUGGAAGCAUCCAGAGCCCACAGGGAUCACUGAGUCUCCCAUCCGCUGGUCCUUCACCACCCUACCACCCAGAGAAGCUAGGCAGUCCGGCUAUCGCCCAACCCCCCUUCAGCCCACAGAGUACCCUCCUACCUGGAGGAACGACCACCACAUCCAGCACUUCAUCCAACAUCCAGGGGUCCCAGGCCAACUACAUGCCCAGCGGAGUUGCACCGACAUCGGGCGCCACAAGGCCCUCGCCCCCCUACAGGACGGACAAGCCCCAUGUUAGUCCGUUGCUUCAACCCCAGCCUCAACCUCAACCCCAGAACCAACCCCAAACCCAACAUCCACAUCCAUACAGCACCCAGAAUGGGUCAGGACCCAACAACAAUAUGUCUAGCCAGCUCUACAAAGCCAUGACUGCAGGUCAACCCAGCAGCCUCAAGCUACUAAUGCAACAACAACAACAACAGUCGAACACACAGCAGCUACAGACUAACGCCCAGCUAGGACAACACCCGUCCAUGUCCAAACCAGGCAGUGUACCCCACCAAGAACCCCCAUACUCCUUCACUAACACCAAACCCCUUCGCCACUUUGACCCCAACCCGGACCACCAAGGAGGACAGCAACAGAAGAUGGGGGGAGGGGGACCCCCUGGACAGGGACCCCCCAACCCCAUGGCAGGUUAUCGGGGAAUGCAGCAUGGGGGUGCUGCCGGAACAGCAGCAUCUGUAGCAGCGAACCACGCCCAUUUAUUGCAGCAGAGGAUGCAGCAGAUGGCAGCGAUGCAACAGGCCACAGCAGGAGCCUUGGGAGGGCCACAGCACUGUAGAGAG